AUGUCAGAGAACGAACAGCAACAACUUCAAUCUUUAGUUUUAUCUGCAGAGUUAAAUUCGGAGAAUGAGAAUCUUGAACAACUUGGUCCAAUAAUCAAGUCAAUCUAUGAUACUGAUAGGCAAGAAGCUUUUCUCGAGCAAUUGGCUGUCUUCGUGAGGAAAAAAGAAGGAGAGAUAGAACGCAUGUGUAAUAGUAAUUAUCAGGAAUUCGUGCAUUCUGUAGAUCAGUUAUUAAAAGUUAGGCAAGGAACAGUUAAUCUCAAAAACAAGAUAAUUGAUUUAAAUUAUGAUGUUCAAAAGUCCGGGAAAAAAGUUGCUGUAAAGAAAAAAGAACUUAUUCAAACGAGAAGAAUUCAGAAAAAUAUAGAUGAAGCUGUAGAGACCUUGCAAUCUUGUUUGCAUAUUCUUGAUAUGGCCAUUCGAGUAGAUAAUUUGGUUGAAGAGCGCAAAUAUUAUUCAGCAUUGAGGACUUUGGAAGAACUACAGACUGUUCAUUUACGCAAAUUCAUUCAAUAUGAAUUCGCAAAGCAUAUGCAGGAAUCUAUACCUGUUAUGCAAAAUAAUGUAAAGAAUGCUGUAACAAAGGAAAUGAAAGAAUGGUUAUUUCGCGUUCAACAAGAUACCCGUCAAGUUGGCAAAAUUGCAAUGGAACAAAUGAAAUUACGUCAAGAACGAUGGAGGACAAAAGUUCAACAAAACCCGGACUUACGUUCAGUUGCCGUUAGUUCACCAAUUGAGAUGGUAAUGAAUGAAGAAAAUGAAUUUGAUAUUAUAAAUAAUGACCAAGUUAAGAUUGAUUUUAGACCGUUAUAUCAAUGUCUUCAUAUUCAUGAAGAACUUGGAAAACGAAAUGAAUUUAAAUCCAAUUACGAAGAAGACAGAAAGGCCCAAGCCAAUUUAGUACUUUCACAGUCUUUCACAUUGAGAGAAAAUGAUGAAAAAGGUUUUGAGGCAUUCCUUCAAGAAAUUGUUGGUUUCUUUGUAAUAGAACAUGUCAUUGUGCAUUCAACUCAAAAUUUUCGGUCACAAUCGGAAGUGGACAAUCUGUGGGAAAAUGUCAUAGCAAAGGUCGUGAAAAUAGUUUCAGAAAGUUUAGAUGAUUGUUAUGAUCCAGUUUUAUUUCAAAAAAUUAAAAUUAGUUUAUUCACAUUUAUCCAAACGCUUGAAGAUUAUGGAUAUAACAUAAAUUCAUUUACGGAUUUAAUCUUAACUGUAUUCCAACGAUAUUCGGAUAUGUUGAAACGAAAGUUUUCGGAAGAUUUUCAUCAAACCAUCGUUGAUGAUUAUUAUAUGCCAAUGCAAAUCCAAUAUCCGGAAGAGUAUGAAGCCGUAGUUGAUGCUUGUUGGUUUAAAGAAGGGGAUCAUCGCAUCAGUCAAGGUUAUCCAAGGACCCUUCCAUUUUCUCAAGCAUAUCCAUCGUGUUGUCUAGACAUCAAGAAUUUUAUCAGUCAAUAUUAUCAAUUUGCAGAAGAUGACUCAAGGCAAUAUAGUUACACACUAGAUAAUCUGUUGAUAGAACAUGUGAACGGUGUAUUGCUUGGCAAACUAAAAAGUACAAAUAUGUCCCAAAUCGUUCAAAUUAUAAUUAAUCUCGAGUAUUUUGAAAGUGCUUGUGAAGAACUUGAAAAAUUGCUGAAAUCAAAAAGAUCUUCUCAUCGUGGUGGGAAGAUUAAAUUAAUUGCUGCUGGUGAAUUUCGCGAAACUCGGAAAAAAGCCGAAAAACGUAUUUUCGAACUUGUUAAUUCUAAGAUUGAUGACUUUUUAGAAUUGGCGGAUUAUGAUUGUCCAUUUCUUCAAGAUAUGGUUGGAUUUCUUGGUACUCUCAUUGGCUCUACAUUAUAUAACCUUCCAAUGUCGAUCAAGACUUUUAUAAAUUUUGAUGCGUUAAGUCAUUUGGCGACAUCUCUUAGAAUGUUGAUCUUAAGUCCAGAUGUAAAAAGGAUUAAUUCAAAUGCUGUAACUAAUUUUGAUGCCGAUGUAACUUUUUUGGAAAAAUUUGCACAAAGUUUAGAGGACCCAAAUAUUGCAGAUGCAUUCUUAGAAUUGAGACAGAUCGUAAAUUUACUUAAUUCUGAUAAUGUAGAAGAAUAUUUGAAUCCAUCGAUGCGAAAUAAAAAAUAUUCUCAUCUCAAGCCUAUAGAUGUUAUAAGCUUAUUUGACAAGUGGACACGAGAUCAAACGUUAUUAGAUCCAGAGGUGCGUACAAAAAAACGUGCAAUGGAAAGUGUCAUACGUUCUUUGCGAUCAUCUUUGUAA